AUGUCUGAUGAUGAAACUAUGGAUCAGGCACUGCAUUCAACUCUCAAUCCAGAGCACAUACAUUUGCAGUUGAACGCUUAUGACUACUACAUGACCAAACCUGGCACUCUCGACACAAGGCAUGGCAAUAGCCUACCACUGAACGAAUACUUGAAGGUACCGGUUAUUAGACUUUACGGCAGUUUAUCAUCAGGCCACCAAGUCCUGUGUCAUGUACAUGGAGUAUUCCCGUACUUUUUUUUAGGAUAUGAUGGUAAAGAAACAGAUAAGGGAAGUACUGUAAAUCAAAAAUGUGCUCAGUUACAUUUGCAACUGGAGAGUUGGUGCUGGCAGAAAGCUGACCAGAAGAGAAAGAAAAGGGACGUUAAAAAUAACGGUAAGAGGCACUCAAAUGGUCUUACGUAUAUUUCUAAUGUUUCAGUGAUCAAAGGAGUACCUUUUUAUGGCUAUCAUGUUGGAUGGUCAUUAUUUUAUAAGGUAUCUUUAUUAGAGGUCGGGUUUGCGAAUAAGUUGGCUGAUGGCAUACGUGAUGGUUCAAUAUUUGGCAGACAAGUAAACUGCUAUGAAUCGCAACUACCGUACUUGUUACAAUUUACUACCGAUUUCAAUUUAUUCUGUUGUUCUUUGGUGGAGCUUGAAAAAUGUUUUUUCAGAACUCCUCUUCUUAAUACUGCUCUUGAAAUGGACAAACUGUUGUAUACUGAUGAACUGGAAAAAUUUAUCACUAAAUUUUGUGAUUUGAAGAAUAAUGUUCUAUCUGACAAAGAUUACCCGAGAAUUGGGAAUGGAUUGAUUGAAAUUGAUGUUCUCCCGCAAUUUAUAAGAAAUAUUGAUGAUUCUCAGUCUAAACAAUUACAUCAUGAAUUUAUCGAACUAUUGGAAGACACCUCUAAAUUACUUUGCAAGCCUUACGUUAAUUCGACUAAAACGAUAAUGAGAGAUUUAGAGCUACAGCGAAGACUGCUUUCGCUAAGUACUUACACUGCUGCACCCUCAAUAGAUCGAGUUACCAGUGCUAAUGUAUGGCAAUCUACAAAGCAAUACGCAAGUGAUUUUCAAGAUGCUAUGCGAAGAUCAGGCACGAGGAACUCAAAACUACCUGAUAUAGAAAGUUUUAUCAGCAAUGACGAAUCCUUUGAAAACAUAAAAAGUCCAACACAAUCUUUGAAUGAACUAUGGCCAAUAACUCCAAAUAUCAAUGUUCUUGAGCCUUUAAGUAAUGAACCGCAUGAUUUGAUUGAUACAGUAGAGCAUAGGUACAGUGUUACAGACCUCAGUGAUGAUGAGGACAACAAAGACGAAAAUUCAGAUCUGAGUGAUGACAACUUUGAGAUAAAUUCUGAAAAUCAAGGAAAAACAUCAAAAGAAAUGGAAGGUCAUGUAAGCAAAAGAGUUCCAACGGAUAUGUCAAUGACGCAGUCAAUGGCAAAGAGGAUAAAAUCGCAAUCAAUCUCUACAAUGAACGCUGCGGACCAAAAAGACUAUACGAAACACUCAAGGAGAGGUAUAAAGUAUGGGAAGAACUCUUUCAUUUAUAAAUCUACUUCUCUGAACUACGAAACUAUUACGAAAGAUUUAGAAAUGCAGGGCUACCCAAAGAUUGAGUAUCUAGGACCAUAUUUUGGAAAUCCUGUAGAUUUAAGAGAGCGACCGUACGUUUACGCUGGAAAAAGAUUUGAAAUAACAUCUAAUCAUUUGUUUAGCAGAAUAUCUGUACCUUUUGAAGAUGAGAAUCUCGUCAUGGACGCAAGAGCGAAAGAAACAGUUUUUUCGUCAUGGAAGUAUUUAACGAAAGCACCUUCGUACAUGGAAGUGAAAAAAAACUCAAACCAUCAAGCGAGUAAAAUUUGUCCUCUUUCCCACGUCAAGAGUGCUGCGUCCAAGCUUGAUUCAUAUUUCAAAACUAAUACCGAGGAGAAAGAGAAGAAGAAAAAAAGCAGUGCAGUUUCAGCGAAGAAUGCUCUUACUCAUUUAAGUUUGGAAAUUCAUGCACAAACCAAAGGAUCGAAAUUACCUGACCCGCAGAGAGACAGAGUCGAAAUGAUAUGUUGGUGUUUAGAGAAGGAAACGUUUUCUUUUGACCUUGGUAUUUCUUAUGAAGGCAUAAUGGUUGUUAAGAAUUCCGAUAUCAAUCAGCAGUUUGAGAGAAAAAUUCAGCAAGCUGCCGGAAGAACGCCUAUUGCCUUCUAUGAAGAUGAAUUUGACAUGUUUGAUGCUCUAAUUGACCUCGUUUUGAUUCUCGACCCUGACAUUCUUUCUGGCUUCGAACUUCACAAUGCUUCUUGGGGCUACAUUCUAGAAAGGUCCCGAAAAGUUCACCAUUUUGAGGUUGCAGAGGAAUUAUCAAGAGUCAAUCACAAUGUCAAAAAAGUAGUAAACGAUUUUUGGGGUUACUCGCAUGCCUCUGGGAUCAUGGUGCCGGGGAGGCACAUGAUUAAUGUCUGGAGGGCUUUAAGAUCUGAGCUUAAUUUAACGCAGUAUACCAUAGAAAAUAUAAGCUACAAGGUAUUGCAGGAAAGACUUCCUCAUUUCUCCUUCCAGGACCUUUCCAGUAUGUGGAGAGGCCACGAAAGUGUAUCGAAAAUCAGGACCGUCAUCAACUACUGGCUUACUCGUUGUCGUCUUAAUAUAGCUCUGCUUCAGAAACAAGAAUAUAUUCCAAGAGUAACAGAGCAAGCGAGAUUGACAGGAAUAGAUUUUUACUCGGUUUAUUACAGAGGAUCACAGUACAAGAUAGAAUCGAUAUUAAGCAGAAUCUGCAAAUCCGAAAAUUUUCUUAUGUUAGCUCCAAGCCGAAAGCAGGUACAAAAGCAGAAGGCGCUCGAAUGCGUACCGUUGGUAAUGGAGCCAGAAUCGGCCUUUUACAAGAGUCCUUUGGUGGUUUUAGACUUUCAGUCAUUAUAUCCUUCCAUUAUGAUAGCGUAUAAUUACUGUUAUUCAACUAUGAUUGGAAGAAUUCGUGAGCUGCGUACGAAUGACAAUGAAAUUGGUGUAACUAAAAUCUCUUUGAGAAGGAAUCUACUCACACUAUUGGAAAAGCAUAUCAAAAUUGCUCCAAAUGGCGUUGCUUUUGUAGAUCAAUCAGUUCGUAAGUCAACUUUGGCAAAAAUGCUAGAAGAUAUACUCGAUACGAGGUUUAUGGUCAAGAAAACAAUGUCUGAUAUGGGUGAUCGCAAUGCUUCACUGAAAAGAAUACUUAACAGUAGACAAUUAGCUCUGAAGUUAAUAGCCAAUGUGACUUAUGGUUAUGCAUCUGCUUCUUUUUCUGGGAGGAUGCCUUGUUCAGACUUGGCAGACACUAUUGUUCAAACUGGAAGAGAAAUAUUGGAAAAAGCUAUUGACCUCAUUGAAGCAAAUUUAAACUGGGGUGCUAGAGUUGUUUAUGGGGAUACCGACAGUUUGUUUGUUUACCUUCCCGGAAAAACCAGAGAGGAGGCGUUCAUUAUUGGACAAGAAAUGGCAAAAGAAGUAACGAAGUGCAAUCCUGCGCCCAUUUGUCUAAAUUUUGAGAAGGUCUAUCAUCCUUGUUUGUUACUCAGCAAGAAAAGAUACGUUGGCUUCAAGUAUGAAACAGCCGAUAAAAUGCGUCCUACUUUUGACGCUAAAGGUAUUGAAACGGUAAGGAGAGAUGGCCAUCCAGCUCAGCAAAAGGUUACGGAGAAUUGUCUCCGAAUACUUUUCGAAACGAAAGAUCUAUCCCAAGUAAAACAAUAUGUUCAGAAUGAAUUCAGAAAAAUGCAUCAGGGACGUAUACUGGUCCAGGAUUUUUGUUUUGCUAAGGAAGUCAAAUUGGGAUCGUAUAAAAGUGAAGCGACAGCUCCCCCGGGUGCUGUUGUAGCAACUCGUCAAACUGAACAUGAUCACCGUGCAAAACCGCAGUAUAAGGAGAGAGUUCCAUAUGUUGUGGUUAGAGGUCCACAGGGGGCUCGUCUUCGAGAUCGCUGUCUCUCGCUAGAUGAAUUUUUCGCUGAUGAGUCUUUAGAGCUCGACUCCGAAUACUAUAUUACGAAGACGUUGGUUCCACCACUAGAAAGACUAUUUAACGUCCUCGGUAUCAGUAUUGCCGAAUGGGCCUUCGAAGUUCCAAGACAUAUUAAUACUAUAAGGAGGCUCGAAAUAAGUAAAGUUGCAGGUGCUGUCGCAUUUGUUACCUGUACAAACUGUAGAGAAGAAAAUGUUGGUGUUGAUGAACUGCUAUGUGAGAAAUGCCUUCAUAAUUCAAAAGAAACAGCUGCCCGUCUUACGCUUAAGAAUAUCGCAAAGGAAGCAGAUUACAAAAAUAUAUCUACAGUCUGUAGAACUUGCUGUUACAGAUAUUCCCACGAUGCCAAUGAGGUGACGAUGGAGAUUUCCAGUUUGUGUAACUCGUACGAUUGCCCUGUGUUUUAUAAUAGGCAGAAACUCAAGACAUAUCUGAAUUGCAAGACAUUUCUAAACAUAAAAAAUGCACUAGACAAGAUCAAUAAAUGGUAA